GCGCAGCUGCCAGGGACGUCACUUCCAGUCGGGCAGUGCGGGGCCCCGGACGGGAUGGGAGCCGAGGCUUCUGUUAACCCGUGAGGUGCCGGGUCGGAAGCGGCGCGGCGCGGCGGCCGGCAGGACGGGAAGGGAGGGGUGGCUACAGCCGGGGAAGACCGCAGCAGACGCACAUGAGUCUUAACAGAAAAAGAUUUCUACUGAGAUUACUUUCAUCUGCCUUGUGAAUACCUGCAGAAUAGUCAAACUGGCGAUGUCAAGGGUACCGAGUCCUCCACCUCCGGCUGAAAUGUCAAGUGGGCCUGUGGCAGAGAGCUGGUGCUAUACCCAGAUAAAAGUCGUGAAGUUCUCCUAUAUGUGGACGAUCAACAAUUUCAGUUUUUGCCGGGAGGAAAUGGGAGAAGUUAUCAAGAGCUCAACUUUCUCAUCUGGAGCAAAUGAUAAAUUGAAAUGGUGCCUCCGAGUGAACCCUAAGGGUUUAGAUGAGGAAAGUAAAGAUUACCUAUCACUCUACCUGCUGCUAGUCAGCUGUCCAAAAAGUGAAGUCAGAGCAAAAUUUAAAUUCUCCAUUCUGAACGCAAAAGGUGAAGAAACUAAGGCAAUGGAAAGCCAAAGGGCAUAUCGAUUUGUGCAAGGAAAAGACUGGGGUUUUAAGAAAUUUAUUCGAAGAGAUUUCCUUUUGGAUGAGGCUAAUGGACUCCUUCCUGAUGACAAGCUCACAUUGUUCUGUGAAGUUAGUGUGGUCCAGGAUUCGGUGAAUAUCUCAGGCCAGAACACCAUGAAUAUGGUGAAAGUUCCUGAAUGUCGGUUAGCAGACGAGCUUGGAGGAUUAUGGGAAAACUCUAGGUUUACAGACUGUUGCCUUUGUGUAGCAGGCCAAGAAUUUCAAGCACAUAAAGCAAUUCUCGCAGCUCGUUCCCCGGUCUUCAGUGCUAUGUUUGAACAUGAAAUGGAAGAAAGCAAAAAGAACCGAGUGGAAAUUAAUGACGUGGAGCCUGAAGUAUUUAAGGAGAUGAUGUGCUUUAUUUAUACGGGGAAGGCGCCAAAUCUUGACAAAAUGGCAGAUGAUUUGCUUGCAGCUGCUGAUAAGUAUGCUCUGGAACGCUUGAAGGUAAUGUGUGAGGAUGCUCUUUGCAGCAAUUUGUCUGUGGAAAAUGCGGCGGAAAUUUUAAUCCUGGCAGAUCUACACAGUGCAGAUCAACUCAAAACUCAAGCAGUAGACUUCAUAAACUACCAUGCAUCUGACGUAAUGGAAACAUCUGGUUGGAAGUCUAUGGUCUUGUCCCACCCUCAUCUGGUGGCUGAAGCUUACCGGUCACUAGCAUCAGCACAAUGCCCUUUCCUUGGUCCUCCCCGCAAGCGGCUUAAGCAGUCCUAAAGUGACAUUUGAAAAUGGAGCAAAUCAUUUUAACAGCACUGACCCGAUCACAAUGUUGCACAAUGCAAUGUAUGAAGCUUUCUGACGUGCUUCCUGCCGUGGGAAAGACCGUGCUUGGUGUGCUAAUGACCUUUCUGCACUAAGCACUUUGGGGAGAAAAACAAAACACAAAAACUUUUGCUGCAUUGUCUUGUGUCCCCUAGACUUGGCUGAACGGAUUCCUGCUGUUUUUUUUUACACAGAUACAGGUUUUUAGAUGUUGGCCCAGAAGCUUUCAGUAUGGGGAGGGAAUGGAUUGGGAGGGGAGAGAAAAGAGUAGCCGUUUAACUUGCACUACUUUAUCUACUUCAUUUCUUGAACUUGAAGCCAGCUUCUGUCAGCACAAGAAAAUGGAUGGGCCAUCUAGAGUCAAAAGGACAGCCUCAACAUGAAGGGGGUGAAGAGCACCCAGGCUGUGGAUUGAUACGACUGGGCUUCUUUUGUCCUUUCAGUGAAAACGUAACUAUCUUGGUGUCUUUAGCCACAUCUGACCCAAAGUGUGUACAUUUGCAACAAGUCAAAAGAGAACUGUCUAAUUAGCACUUGCAUUAUCAUUAUAAUAAUAAAAAAAAACAUUUUUAUGAGGAAAUUAAAGCCACACAGAUUUGGAUCAAGUUUUAAAAAAGUGGGAAGAAACCGUUCAGUUUAGAUUUUACCCUUGUGCUCCUAGCAUUCUAAGCUAAACAGUGUUUAGAUAAAAAAAAGAGCUAUGGCUGUGUAAAUGUGUUUUCUAAAGAUUACAGAGGUUACAUGUGUAGAAUGUGUGGAAAAAUGUAUUGGCAUUUUUCUCAGAUGGCUUAGCAAAUGAAACAAGAGUUAAUGAACAUGUUUUCUUGUUCAGUGGAAACAAAACAGUUCUACUUCAGACCUAGAAGUUAAGCUUCCGUCUCAACUGUUUCUGUCCUAGAAGGAAAUGGUUAAUUUGCAACAACCUGUCCCAAGGUUGUAUUGUCUCCUUUGAUUCACUGCUGUUCAGAAGUGGGGGAACAAAAACAAAAUUUAAUCUCCAGUCUUUCUUUGGAAGAUAUAAAUAAAAUACUAUUUUGUAUUGAAAUGCCUUUUGUGUAUUUCCUCUACUGAGGAAAUCCUUUCCCCAGAAAUAAUAUUGUGUAAUAUUGUAUGGAUUUGACAGUAAGUUCAACUUUUAUUUAGUGAAUAAAUUUUGUGCAGGUAUCAUUUCUGAAGAGUUACUUGCUUAAAAAUAAUUUGUUUUGAAUCUGUUUUCCAAACUUAUUUAUUAGAGCGAAGUAUGCUAUUUUGAUUUGGUUUGGUAGAGUUUGUAAUGUUAUGCUUUGAGAACACCUCAAACUUAUUUGAAAAGGCUGAUCCUUUAAGGUAGUGAUUAAAAUCGUUCUUGUUUUGUCCUCUUAUUAAGGUUGAUGUCCUAAUUUUGCAAAUGCUUUUGAGUAUUGAUUCAACAAACAAUCCUUGCAUUCAUUGGUUAUGGAAUUCAGGCAUAGUUUCAGUGAAACAUGGCUAAGCUAUCAAUAGUUAGUUUUCUUUUUACCUGUUUUCAUUUUCUCUGCUUGAAUACUGCUCGGUUUAUGUUAUCCCUUUCAAAGAGUUUGAGCAGUUCUCUACCAGUCCUGCUCUUUGUCUCUUUUUUCCCCUCCAAAGUAAGCCUGGGUGGUGCAAAGUUUAAACAAAAAUACAGAUCGGACUGGGAACUUAUGGUUGAGUUUGCAUUGUGGUACUUUAUUACUUUGUUUUAAAGUUCAGCUGUACUCUGUAUACCACAGCUGAUGGCAGCGUAGCUUUACAUUCCUGAAACUAUAAACUGUGUGGUCUGCUUUCAUUGCUCAUGUGAACAUAAGAAAAAAAAAUGAAAUGAUAGGCUUAUGUAUUAAAGAAUGCCACCUGUGUA